GCGAGAGUAUGUCAAACCUUUAGUACAUGCAUAUAACUGUACAAGAAAUGUGGUAACAGGGUUCACACCUUAUGAACUCAUGUUUGGUCGUUGUCCUCGUCUUCCUGUGGAUUUGGCUUUUGGUUUACCCGUCAGAGAACAAUCAUCCAUUUCUUAUUCAGAGUAUGUUAAGAAUCUGCAAUCCAGCCUGAAAGAAAGCUACAAACUAGCUUCUGAGAAUGCCCUUAAGUCAGCUGGAAAGAACAAGAUCCGUUUUGAUCAGAAAAUUACACCAUGCAGUUUGGAGAUAGGAGAUCGAGUACUGGUUCGCAACAUCCGUCUGAGGGGUAAGCACAAGCUGGCAGAUAGAUGGGAGCAUGGGGUGUACAAAGUUGUUGGCAGAGCUGAAAAUGUACCAGUUUACACUGUACAACCUGAACACAAAGAGGGACCAACUCGUACUUUACAUAGAGACCUGUUGCUUCCUUGUGGCUUCCUGCCAGUUUGCUCCACAGACGACCCUUCCAUCUCCAUGCCUGCCUCACAACGAAAGACUCGCAGCCAGGAUGUUUGCCAUCCAGAUGUUCCUGAUGUGAUGGAGGAGGAUGAGGAUGCUGAGCCAUAUGUGCCAGAAGCUUCCAUCCUACUCCCAACCAGAUCCCAUGUGAAGGUGAGAAAAUUUAAGUCAUCACCGGAAUUCAUGACUUUGCAGCCCAUUUCACCUUUGGUUCAAAGUGAUGCUGAAGCACCAGAGUAUUCUGUACCUCUAAUUCAGAGCACAGACCUUGAGACUGCUAGUCCAUCUGAAAAUGAAGAAUCCUGUUUAACAACUGAUUCAUCACUGUCUCACCAUGAAGACAAGCUACCUGUAGAACAGUUCAAGAACCUGAUGCUGAGGAUCGUCUGGUUGUUCAAUCUGAGUCAUCUAUAGGUCCUGCAAGUGUCAGCUCACCCUAUAACUCAGUUGAGUCUGAAACAUUGCCCAGGCGAUCAGAUCGACAGCGUCAACCUCCUAGUCGUCUAACAUAUCCUGUGUUGGGUAAGCCACUCAUUUCAGUAGUUCAGGCUCUAUUGCAUGGUUUGGCAAAUGUGUACACUGAGGCUCUUAGUCAAGUUUCUAAUGUGAAUAUCCAGAAAAAAAAAUUAAUUUAAAUAACCCUGCAACGGGACGUGCAGGAAUUAAAGAGGGGAGGAUGUAACCAGGAUCAUUUUCUAUAUUAGAUUUAGUUUAUUUAUUUUAUUUUCCAUUUUGUUAGAUUUAUUUUUUAAAGGUUUAAUUAAAAAUUUUUUCCUCUUCCCCUUAAUUUAUUUAACACCAACCAGGCAAGAACAUUAGUGUUCUCGCGUGGCUCUGACGUCAUGUGACAGCUGCACAUCAGCGUCCUAAAUUGACAGCACAGUUUAUAUGGCUGCAAAUCGCAGCUUAGGCAGGAAACGCUGCGGGACUCUGACGUGCAGCCGGGUGAUUACUCAACCAAACGUUGCAAGAAUCACGGCCAGGUGCGUUGCAGAUCCCUCGCGCAAGGAGUGGCUGGAGGGAUCUUGACAAUAGCAAGGAUUGUCUGGUUUCACUGACCAGACUGGCGAGCUAAAAUAAGCAGGAUCCAGAAACACAAGACUUAUCUGGGAACAUUCUUCCGAACUAAUUGGAGGAUCAGCUCAAGUCCCCAUUGAAGGAAGUGGAUUAUUUUGGGUUUUUUCAUCAUCAACAAAGACUGGUGGACGUCCUUGGUAUAAGGAACUUUAACUUGUUUUUUCCUUUAAACUAUGGACUAAUGUGUAUAUAUAUUGUAAAUACUAAAUACAACUCACCAAUUUGCACCAUC